UGAUACCCUCACUCCCCUUCUGCUCGCUUCUCUUGGACCGUCUCUCUUUCUCUCCUUUUGAGCGCAAAAGAAAAGUGAACUGGAAGUCGGGUUCGUGGGGCCAUGCAGCCGCCUCCGGUGGCUGCCGAGAGACCAGUAGUCACUCGCGUGCGGUGGCGAGAGGACGUGUUUUCCUCCAGCAGUGACCACGCCUCUCGUUUCACGUUUGUUUUGUUUUCCCUUUUCACUAGAAUUUUUCGAAAAAAAGACAAUUGCGCGCAACACAUUUCGUUUCAAUAAGAAAGCCACAUUUUUGUUUCGAAUUCAACGAAGACUUUUUGUUUUGUUUUGUUUAUUUUUUAGUUGGUGUAAAAAAACAAACAAUUCCUUUGAGCUGUGUUGGAAAAAAAAUUCAAAAUCUGCCGGUUCUUACAUCGGGACGCUGUUGAAGAAUUUUCAACAAGAGAGACUAUUAUGUCACGGAGGAAGCAGAGCAAUCCGAAACCGGUGAAAAGAGACGACGAGUUACCUGCUGGAAUGGACGACGAUAGCCUCAAUGGCGGCGAUGCAAAGUCGUCGGCAUUGUCGAUGGAAGAGGAGGAAGAACUGGAGGAGGACGGUGUCAGUUUAACGACGACCAGUUCCAGCGCAGCUGCGUCCCCUCCGCCGCAGCCACCGCCCGCCCAUCCGCUUCCCUCUAACCGAGGCCGACCUCCGUCUCGGCCUCCGUCGGAGGAAGCGGAUCAGCCGGCCAUUAAAUCGACUGUUGGCAAAUCGCGGAUUGCGCCUACGCCGCCGCCUCCGCAACAACAAGCGACGGCCAAUAUGGCGGCCGUCAAGCGGAGGCGCGAAAUCGAACAGGACGAAUUGAUUAUCAUUCCAGGCGCAUCCAGGCCGUCACCGCCGGCCCAACUCACCGUUCCAGGUCUACCCACUCAACAUCCGCUGCUCAGCGCUGACCUUCUGCACAGCCUCCAGUACUUUGCAUUGUUACGUCAAAGUAUACCCAAUGGUUCUUUGAUGAAUUUGCCCGUGGCACCUCCACCUCCACCACCGCCGCCACCGCCGAUUCCGAAUCGAUUAUCUCCAACGCCUCCGGCUAGCAGUAAAUCAUCAGCUGGAUUAAAUCAUAUGUGCCCGUCGUGCGGAAUCUGCUUUAGUUCGGCUUCGACCCUUAGCGCCCACGCUACGUACUAUUGCUCCAAACGACCUCAAGUGUCACCGGCCGCAGCACCUGUCACCAGCGCGUCUCCGCUUCCCACACUUCCGACGCAGCCGGAAAUGAUGGCCAACGUUGCGCUGAGUAACGGCAGGAGUCAAACUCCCGAGCCAAUGGACGAACUGGUGCAGUUGAACGACCGUCCGUCGGCCCCCAAGAUUAGACGCAGCGGACGCUAUUACGCCUGCCCGUAUUGUUCGUUCAGCGCCGAUAAGCGAGUCAGCCUCAACCGACACAUGAGGGUUCACGUUGGCCUGCCGCUUUUGGCCACCCAUCCGGUCUCACCUCCUCCGCUUCCGGCUGGCCAUUUGGAAACGUCGCGUUCCUUAUCGUCCGACAGACCGACGGCCGGUUCUUCUCCAGAAUUUCGCGCCAUUAACAAGUUGCAGGAAGAGCCGGCCAGCCGGUCGGAUGCGGGAGCCGAUCGUUUCUGUUGCGAUUGCAAAAUCCAGUUUUCUUCGUUCAAAACGUACCAGGUGCACAAGCAGCACUACUGCCAGUCGAGGAAAGUGGCCGGCGCAAACCUACCGGCCGGAUCGCCUGUCCCGUCUUUGGACAAAUCCAUUCCAGCUGGAGAAAGCCUGGCCGGACGAGCUCAGAACGCGGGCGGAGGUCCUAUGACUAUUCUGAUGUUGCCGACUCAUCCGCCGAUCGUCAUUCCGUUGUGCAUCCUGCAGUCGGCGCGUUUGCUAACGGCUGAUCAGCCCAUGCCGCCUCACUCGGUCAUCGUCUCGCCGCAUGGAGAUAUCCAGUUCCGCGCUGAUUCGCCCGAAGAGCCACGAUCGACGGCCUCAUCGGCAGUCGUCACUCCGGCGGCUUCGACUACCCCGGCCGCUGUGCUGGCUUCUGUUCCAGUUGUUACGGUAGCUCCAUCCGCGCCGGUCACCCCCGUUCCUCCGGCCACAUCUGUUCCUCCGGCAGAGCCGCCCCUGACGGCGAAUUCUGCCACCGUUCCGCCGGAAACUGCGCUGGAUCUCAGUUCUAAAACGAGCGAAUCAGAUCCAGCCACGGCGGAGUCGUCCAGGAAGGAGCCGCUAACGAAGGAGUCAGUUGCCAAUAGCAACGCGAUCGGAGGCAUCCGCAUUAGGGAGGAAUUGGCCCACGUCAAUCAAUCCAGCCCCGACAAUGCAUCGCAACAGCAGCAGCCGGCGCUUCCGUUUCUUCCACCCAAAGUAUUUGCCGAACUGGAGGCGCUGGGCAUGUGCCUGGGCGUCCCUUCCGGCCACGACAUGACGUCCAAUCCGGCCCAGUGGCUGGCCAUGCUGGAGAACGCCGUUUUGCAAGCAAGUUUCAAAGCCCCGCCCACCGUGCCCGUUGUACCUUCGUCUAAUAAAACGGAUUUGAUCCAGCAGGCGCAGCGACCCAGCAGCGCCAUCCCUUGCGAAGAGUGCAACAUCAGCUUCCGGCGGAUGGAAAGCUACCUGGUCCAUAAGCAGUACUAUUGCGCUGCCAGGCACCAGCAGCCGGGCAGCAAAGAACUGCCAGCUCCAGCUGCGGAACAGGUGAACGGCAAUCAGCCGGAAGAACCGGUGGCAGCUCCUGCGAUCCAUCGCGAUCCGGUCAUUCAGCGGGCUAACAAACACGCGUGUCCGCUGUGCGGAAUCGAAUUCGAAUCCGCCGUUGUCCUACAGGCUCAUCGUAGCUUUUAUUGCCCUAAAAGGGAAGUCGAUCCGGCGCUUAAAAAUGCUGCCGAUGUUAGAAAAGUUAAUGCGGAAUCUUUGGCAGCCUCUCCCAAAGCAUCCGGCCCGUCUCCCGGUCACAAUGGAAGCCCAACGGCAGGUGGGUCGGGAUCAAUUCAGCCGCAAGGAUGGAAGUGCCCGUGUUGCGACGUCGUCAGCCCUACGGCCGCGUCCGCGCAGAAACACGUAGAGACGCACUCGAACGUGCGGGCGUUCCGCUGCUCGGUGUGCGGAUACCGCGGGAACACUUUGCGCGGAAUGCGCACUCACGUCCGCAUUCACUUUGAUCGCCGGAAUGCGGAUCUGUGUGAGGAUAAUUACAUCUCUUGCAUAAUGGGCGGCACGGGCGCCGUGGGUGAAUUCAAUCCAGCAGCUGGCGGAAUGCCGAAUUCGCCACCAGAUGUCGAUCAGAUUUUCAAAUCGUUGGGGAUCCCGCCCGAAGUGUGCGCCAAAGUUCUUUCCGCCGCGCAUCCGCCGAGCGCGGAUUCUUCGGCUGGCAACGCGAGGGACAGGCGCGAACUUGGCGGAUCGUCGCUGGCCGGUCUGCAAUUUCUCCAGCUGGCCCAGCGGAUCGCCAAUCACUCACCGGGUCCGACAACCGGAGCCGGAUGCCGAUCAGACAAGUUAUUUCUAUGCGAUCUCUGCUGUUACAGCUCGAGCUAUCGGGGCAACGUCAUCCGCCACUCGAAAUUGGUUCACGGUCGAGAAAUUAGCGAAGUGGCCGUCGUCAGUUCCAACUUCCUUCAACAGGCCGUCAACAACAAUCCGGCGGCGAUGGCCAAACCGCCUUUCCCGGAUCCCAACGUGCCCGCAAAUCGGAUGAAGACGAUAACGGAUCAUUCGCCUCCGCCGCGGCCGGCCCUAAUUAAUACGCCGUCAUCGCUGCCGACGAGCAGGAUGAUGUCGACCGGCUCACCGGACGAAGCUAUUCAAGUGAAGAUCGAUCCGGAUGAUGUCAUGAUGAUGCACCAAUCGUCGACUGGCGGCUCGAAUUCAUCGCAUUCGGGCGAAGGUCACUCGCCUCCGCUGAGCAAUUUGACGCCGGAUUUCCAUUCGGGUCCUGCGGCCACGGCCAGCGGAACUGAUCCCUUCCGCAAGCACUGCAAAUCGUGUAAUAUCACGUUCACCUACAUGAACACAUUUUUGGCGCAUAAGAAGUACUACUGCUCUAGUCAAGCCCCUCUAGAGGAUCAGGACCGGGACCAAGACAGGGACGAAAAUCUAGACGAAAUGGACGACGAGGAUGACGAGUUGGAGGCCGAAACGUCAGCAAGUCCUCCACCGGCUCCCGCCCAUCACUCAGAGGCCACGCCCACAUAAUCCCCCCUACCCCUCCCUACCCCCAACCCACAUCCCACGUACAUUUUGGAAUUUUUAUAUCAUCAUCAGUGUCGCCCUUCCUUGGUAUUCCUUCUCAUUGGGGCCGUUCUUCUUCUUCUUCUUCAACAAUCCAUUUAUAUAAUUCGGUUUCAUUUUGUGUUUUAAUUGGCACGUUGUGUCAUUUGUUUUUGUCUUCAAAUGUUCAGGAUUUCUAUUUCGACAUAUUGAACUUCAAAUCGAUAUCAACUGAAGCAUAUCUAUUACCGAUGUCUCGUUGUGCUUUUUAUUUCGAGUCAGGUUCAACACUUAAUCAUAAUUAAGGGAAAAGGGACGCUAUGUGCAAUCUUAAUAAUCUAUUCGUAAUACGACAUUGUCAUUUUUUUUUUAAGUUGUGGAAUUUUUUGUCCACCACUUCUUACCCCCCUGUCGAAAAUCAUCAUCUUGAGAGUUGUGUUGUUUUUGUUUUUUUUUUCUUUUUCUUUUCUUUCUAAUUUAUGGCACAAAAAGAAGAAAAAAAAAUGUGUGAAAUCAAUAUUCGUGUCAGCAUUUUAAUAGGGCUGAUGGAAGUGAUCUACAUAUCUAUAAUUUGAUGUUUAUUUUUUGUUUCUUUUAAAACACAACUUCGAUGUCUUUAUUUUGUGUUUGGUUUUUUGUUUGUUUGUUCGGUUUUUUUCAAAUUCCAAGUAUAUUAUACGCAGAGGUUGGAGUGAUUGAGGGCUUUGUUGCAUCAAAUGUGGUAUAUCGUGUAAUAGGGGAAAUCAUCGAUGUAGAUCAUCUCCACCCUCCCUCCCAUUCUCAACACAGAUCUAUAACUCAGUUUAUUGGUGAAUCAAUUAUGCUCAGUUGUGCGUGACUGUCUGCGUACGUGAGUGUGCGUGUUUUUUUAGUGUCAAAUACAAAGUCGUUAAUAUUCUA